CCAGCCUUUCCUUCUAUUCCCUAAUUUCCGACUUCUCUGAGUUUCUCAGAGUCUCACCCGCAUACACACAACGUUCAGUUUCCAAACACAAUCGACUUUAAAUUUGAAUUUGAAUUUGGAUUUGGAUUUGGAUUUGGAUUCACUGUGAUGCCUUACACGGUACGAGAGAACCUCUCGAUCGGUAACAUCGGCGACGCGGCCGGGAUUCUUCAAAACGACACCGUUCACAGUGUCACGCACAUUCUCUCCGUCCUCAGCUCUGCCUCCAUCUCCUUCUUCACUGAAUGGCGUCCCAGUCUCUCCAUCCCUGCCAAGGAAAUCACCAAAGUCCAUGUGGCGGACGCCGGUGCUAGUGCCGCCAAAUCGGCGCUCGCGCCGGAUAAGCUUCUUUACUCGCUCGAGUACGCCGGUCGUGACUUGAAGCUCGUGAGGAUGGCCGUGCCUCUCCGAGACACCGAGAACGAGAACUUGUUGGAUUACCUGGAAGUUUGCAUCGAUUUCAUUGAUCGCGGUCGGAAGGAAGGUUCCGUUCUCGUCCACUGUUUCGCCGGAGUUUCCAGAAGUGCGGCGGUUAUUACGGCUUAUUUGAUGAGAACCGAACGUCUAUCUGUAGAAGAUGCCCUUGAAUCGUUGAGGCAGAGCUGUGAAAAUGUUUGUCCCAACGAUGGUUUUCUAGAGCAGUUGAAACUGUUUGAGGGGAUGGGUUUCAAGGUUGAUCACUCCAGCCCUAUAUACAAGCGCUUUCGUCUAAAAGUACUAGGUGAAAAUCAUUUAUCAGGGUUGAGGAUAGACAGUUCUAAAUUUGGUGCAGAUCCUGGCAUGCCUGUCGAAAUUUCUUCAGGGACAGAAGAAACCACUAAAGUAGAAAAUAACCGGAGACCUACAUAUCGCUGUAGGAAAUGCCGACGACUUGUUGCAUUGCACGAACAUGUCAUAGAUCAUGUUCCUGGUGAGGGUGAGACAGCCUUUGGGUGGAACAAACGAAGAGGUGGUAACCCUUUCAACAAAUCUAAAGAAUCUGACUGUUCAUCCAUAUUUAUUGAGCCUCUACGGUGGAUGAAAGCUGUUGAGGAAGGUGCAUUGGAGGGAAAGCUGUCAUGUGCUCAUUGUGACGCUCGUUUGGGAUACUUCACUUGGGCAGGCAUACAAUGCAGCUGCGGAAGCUGGAUAACCCCAGCAUUUCAACUCCACAAAAGCCGGAUAGACAUAAGCCCCAUGUAACCCUUCUUUCUCCACUUUAUGCAUAUCCUCAUUCCUCAGUAAGGGAUGCACCCUAUAUUUUUGUCGUUGUUCUUGGACUUGUGCUCUGCCUCAAGCUUUCGAAGUUGGUCCACUGCCAAUGAAGUAAUGGAAAG